GAGAAGCUGGGUUGGUUUGAGUCAAGUUCAGAUCUCACAAUGCCUCUUUUGGAAGCCAAACCGUUUGAGGGAGCAUGGGCAUCCUUUUGAAGUCCUAGUAUCAUUUUAGUCAUUUUGGAAAAGAAGCUUUUCAGAAUAAUUUUGGUCUUAAUUUUCUCCUGAACAGAAUAGUGGCGGUGGGACACUUGGACUCUCCAAAAGGUUGCUAAUUAGGCACUGAGAUCGUUCGCCAAAUGGAAGUGGAAGUGGAAGAGGUGGAAGUCGAGGAUAACGUGGCGCUGCGGAGGAGGCAGUAUAGGAAACCUGAUCUCGAUGCGAAUCCGGUUGGUAGUAAUGGCAGCAAGCCUGGGGAUGAUCAUGGCGGUAUUGAAUCUGAAGCUUCUGCUGUUACUAAUGGCAGUGAGCCUGCUGCUGAUCUCGGCGGAAUUGAAUCUGAAGCUUCUGCUGAGCAAGAAGGAGAAGAAGAAGUGGAUGACAGGGAACGAGAUGUGGAGCACGAGAACGGAAAUGGCGGCGGUGAUAAUUUAGAAGAAAAUGGAGGAGGAGGUGGAAUCAGAAGCGGUGUGUACUUCGACAAACUUGAAGGCACUGAAUCCACCAAUGUAGUUUCUGAAAUUCAGUCCGAGAGAAUUCAUAUUGCUGGAUCCAGUAACUGCUGUGGGAAAAUUGUGGAGAGUGUAAAUGUUUCUGGUUUGAGAUCAUCUCCACCUGAAAAGUCAUUUGAUACACCAGAAGCAGGUUCUAAGCAUUUUGACCAAAGAACUGAUGUAGAUGUAGAUGUAGAUGUAGAUGAAGAUUUUGACUCAAUAGAAGAAAUUGAAGAGGAAUUCACGGAACUAGAUGUAGAAGGGGUUUUAAAAAUGCAAAACACACAUGAUCUCUACUGCCCUAAUUGUAAUUCUUGUAUUACCAGAAGGGUUAUCCUGAUAAGAAGAAAGCCAAAGAUUCGCCAUAAACGCAAACCUGAAAGGAAGUUUGAUGAUCACCCUACGUACGCACCUGAUGCUCAAGGUUCUGAGAAUGUAAGUUCCACUACUAGUGCAACUCCUGCACUGGAUGAGCAGGGUAAUGAUGGAGAAAGAGAAGCAUUCAGAUGCUUAUCGUGCCUAAGCUUUUUCAUUCCUACAGGAAAUGGUUUCAGGAUCUUCAAGUUUUCUGGAGAAAGCAAGAAGAAUGAAAACACACCAAGUCCUGAAAACAUACCAGCAGGCAGGACAAAUUGGUUCUUCUCUAUUUUUGCAAUAGGCAAGAGCAAAACAGCUCUUGAGCAAGCACGGAGCCUUCCAGAAGUUGGUGCAAUUGAUCAGCAUGUCCCAUCACAAAGUGCUGACAAUAUGUCACACUCCCACAAAAAUGAUCCAUUGGGUGAUCCUAUUGACAGCAGAACUGCUACUCACCCUGGCAAACCAGCAGAUCCUCCAUUGGCACCAAUUGCAAUGGAGCCAAAAGUUGAUGUGGAAACAGUGAAUGAGACAGUUUCUGAUCAUAAUGAUUCAACUCAGACAGAAUCAUUUGUCUAUGGAGGACAAGUACGUGAUGGAGUUACCGGACCUCAAAAAUCUGUAAAGGAUAUCUCUAAUUCUUCAACAGAAGUGUCCAUACUCAUGGAUAUGGGUGGAAAAUCAGAUGAUGCAAUGGUAGAAAAGAAUCCAGGUAUGGAAACCUUUUCCAAGUCAUUUUUAAAGAAGGAUAACAAGGCACUGUGCCACUAUGAUUUUGCUACAGAAUCCCAUGAUUCUGGAACAAGGGUUUCAAUUUCUCCAAUGAGAGGUUCCCCACUGCUUGAAGAAGUGAAAACUGAAUCUGUGGAGACUGGUGCCACUCUGACAAAGACCAGCAGGGGGGAUGACCUGAUAGUAGUUGUGGAAGAAGGAUCAGUAGGAACAACAGUUUCUCAGAGGAUUGAAAGCACUGCUGUUUCAACAGAAAAUGGUGUCAGUGAAUCUCGUGGAUUGGAUAUCUUAAAAAGUAUUGUUUAUGGUGGUUUAAUUGAAUCAAUCACAAGUUUAGGUGUUGUGUCAUCGGCAGCAGGCGCUGGUGCUUCCACGUUGAAUGUUUUAGCUCUGGGGUUGGCCAAUUUACUGGGUGGACUGUUCGUCAUUAUUCAUAAUCUUAGAGAACUAAAAAAUGAGCAAUCUGGUGGGGUUUCCAGUGAAACCAAUACGCAAGAAGACCGCUACCAAGAAAUAUUAGGCCGGAGAGAUAACUUUGCACUGCAUGCAACUGUCUCUAUUUUAUCAUACCUCAUCUUUGGGUUGGUUCCUCCAGUUGUCUAUAGCUUCUCAUUUCGCCAGAGCGACAAUAGAGACCUCAAGCUUGCAUCCUUGGCUGCUGCUUCUCUUGUAUGCAUUAUUUUGCUUGCCAUUGGGAAAGCUCACGUUGGAAAGCCACGAAGAACUUAUUUCAAAACAGUAUUGCACUAUGUGAUUAUAGGCUUUAUGGCUUCUGGAGUCUCGUAUUUAGUUGGCGAAUUGCUGAAGAAACUCUUGGAAGAACUGGGUUGGUUUGAUUCAAGUUCAGCUGUCACAACACUUUUCCCAGAAGCGAAACCAUUAGAGAGAGCAUGGGCAUCCUACUGAAGCUGUGGGAUCAUUUUUCAAGUCAAUUUGGAGGAAAAUUUUGGACUUUCUAUUUCCUCCUAGUUUCAUUUGAAUGUGUACCUUUUAACUCUGGUGCUGGGAAACAUCGAGGAGGAGAAAGCUGAGCAAUUGAAUUUCUCAGAGAUAAGAAUAAGAUGCAAUAAAUAGCAUAAAACGAUAAACAAACAUUUCUUUG